AUGGCGGUGGUAUUGCGUUAUGUGAAUAAAAAAGGGGAAGCAAUUGAAAAGUUUUUGGGUGUUCAACAUGUCUCCUCUACAACUAGUAGCUCGCUUGAAAAUGCCAUUGAGAGAUUGUUUGCUACAACAAAUUUGAGUAUGUCUAAGUUACGAGGACAAGGCUAUGAUGGAGCUAGCAAUAUGAAAGCCGUGGUGGAGGUGGUUGAAUGGAUUAAAAGUGAUCGCAACCAAGAUAAUCUCGGUGAAGCAACUAGGUUAUUCAAAGACAUACAAACUUUUGAUUUUGCAUUUCACCUUUUCUUGAUGAGACUUAUAUUGGGAAUUACAAAUGAGUUAUCACAAGCAUUGCAAAAGAAAGAUCAAGAAAUUGUGAAUGCAAUGGCGUUAGUGGAAGUAUGCAAGCAAAGACUACAAUCCUUGAGAGAUGAUGACUUUGGGGACUUGCUUCAUGAUGUAAAAAAGUUUUGUGAGGAGCAUGAUAUUAUCGUUCCUAACAUGGAGGAUUUGCAUUUCGUACCUGGAAAAUCAAGGCGUAAAGCUCCAAAAAUCACAAACUUCCAUUAUUAUCGUGUGGACCUCUAUUUUCAAGUCCUUGAUAUGCAACUAAAGGAGUUGAAUGAUCGCUUCAAUGAGGUAAACACCGAGUUACUUCUUUGUAUGGCUUGUUUGAGUCCGGUGAAUAAUUUUGCAUCUUUUGACAAAGCAAAAAUUGUUCGUUUAGCCAAACUUUAUUCUCAAGAUUUUGAUCGUAUGGACCUCAUGAAUCUUCCAAUUCAACUUGACAAUUACAUUCAUGAUAUGAAGAUGCAUAGUGAAUUUUUAUCAUUGAGAGGAAUUAGUGAUCUUGCACAAGAGUUAGUGAAGACCGGGAGGUGUGAAAAAAGCUUCACCCCUGGUGCGAUUUUAAAUGGCUCAGUUGUUAUAUAUAGGGGGAGGAAGACGGCAAAAGGGCAGAUGAAUCACGUCGGUUUUCACAUGCAUUGUUUGACCAAAUACUAA